UCUGUGUUUUUCUGCUAUUACAGUUACGCUAAGAAGGAAUCGGAUCUUAAUGGAGCCCAGAUGAAGCUUCGGGAGUAUGAGGCGGCACUAAACUCUAAGGAUGCAGCGCUGGCUACUGCCCUUGGUGACAAAAAGAGUUUAGAAGGAGAUUUGGAGGAUCUGAAAGAUCAGAUUGCCCAGCUGGAAGCAUCCUUAUCUGCUGCCAAAAAGCAGUUAGCAGACGAAACUUUACUUAAAGUGGAUUUGGAGAAUCGUUGUCAGAGUCUUACUGAGGACUUGGAGUUUCGUAAAAAUAUGUACGAAGAGGAGAUCAAUGAGACGAGAAGGAAGCAUGAGACACGUUUGGUGGAGGUGGAUUCCGGGCGGCAGAUUGAGUAUGAGUACAAGCUGGCGCAGGCUCUGCAUGAGAUGAGGGAGCAACAUGAUGCUCAAGUGAGGCUGUACAAGGAAGAGCUGGAGCAGACCUACCAUGCCAAGCUUGAGAAUGCCCGACUGUCCUCAGAGAUGAACACUUCCACUGUCAACAGUGCCCGGGAAGAACUGAUGGAGAGCCGCAUGCGCAUCGAGAGCCUGUCCUCCCAGCUUUCUAACCUGCAGAAAGAGUCUAGAGCCUGUUUGGAAAAGAUUCAAGAAUUGGAGGACAUGCUGGCUAAAGAGAAAGACAACUCCCGUCGCAUGCUGUCUGACAAAGAGCGAGAGAUGGCGGAGAUAAGGGACCAGAUGCAGCAGCAGCUGAAUGACUACGAACAGCUGCUUGAUGUGAAGCUGGCCCUGGACAUGGAGAUCAGUGCCUACAGGAAACUCUUAGAAGGCGAGGAAGAACGGUUAAAGCUCUCUCCAAGUCCUUCUUCCCGAGUGACUGUGUCGAGAGCAUCAUCCAGUCGCAGUGUUCGCACCACUCGAGGAAAGCGGAAGAGAGUUGACGUGGAGGAGUCAGAGGCAAGCAGUAGUGUUAGCAUUUCCCACUCUGCCUCAGCCACCGGGAAUGUGUGCAUUGAAGAGAUCGAUGUUGAUGGCAAGUUUAUCCGCCUGAAGAACACUUCUGAACAGGAUCAACCAAUGGGAGGCUGGGAGAUGAUCAGAAAAAUUGGAGACACAUCAGUCAGUUAUAAAUAUACCUCAAGAUACGUGCUGAAGGCAGGCCAGACUGUUACAAUAUGGGCUGCAAAUGCUGGAGUCACAGCCAGUCCUCCAACUGACCUCAUCUGGAAGAACCAGAACUCUUGGGGCACCGGUGAAGAUGUGAAGGUUAUACUGAAAAAUUCUCAGGGAGAGGAGGUUGCUCAGAGAAGUACAGUCUUUAAGACAACCAUACCUGAAGAGGAGGAGGAGGAGGAGGAAGAGCCCAUUGGAGUGGUUAUUGAAGAGGAGCGCUUCCACCAGCAGGGAGCCCCAAGAGCGUCCAACAGAAGCUGUGCCAUUAUGUGAACUCGUCAAGACAGAAGCAUGGUAACCCUGUAUACAGUGCAGAGCCUUCUCAGAAGCACACGAUAUUUUUCUAUUUCCUUUAUGUGAAUUUUUUAAGCUGCGAAUCUGAUGGCCUUAAUUUCCUUUUUGACACUGAAAGUUUUGUAAAAGAAAUCCUAUCCAUACACGUUGUUGCAAGAUGUGAAUUAUUGACACUGAACUAACUGUACUGUUUGGAAAGGGGCCCUCAAGUUUUUGGCAUUUUUUUUUUUUUAUAUGUGUGUAUGUAUUUUUUUUUUUU